AUGAGGUUUGUCAAAGAGAAGACGAACAUCCCUGUACCGUCUGUUAUAGCAUGGGGUCUCAGUCACGAGAAUCCACUUGGCCUCGGGGCCUUCAUCAUCAUGGAGUUUAUUGAGGGAGAACCUUUAGACACGAUCUUAAGGCAAGGUACUGGCCCAGAAAAAGCUCGCUCUCUCCGAUUGGACAUUAGUGAUGAAGAACUGGAAACCAUAUAUCGCCAAAUUGCGAAUUUUCUGUUGGACCUUUCAGCAUAUAAUUUUCCGCACAUAGGUUCGCUCUCUGGAAACGCGGAUUUCAGCAGUGUCAUUGACUCGAGGCCAUUGACGCUGAAGAUGAAUGAAAUAGAGAGCCACGGGGGCGUUCGCGCCAUAUCUCUGAGACAUUCUCUUCAGCUACCAGCUAUUUUCAAUAUGUGGGAAGCAAGACAUGCAGCAUCUGUGGGACCAACCUAA